UCCGACCAAAGGCACUCUUUUCUAUGCCACUCAAUUUGUUUCCGUUACUUGUUGCAGUGAAGACGACGUGGCUGUUUCGUGAUAUCACUGUCAUUCGUACCUAGGUCCAAACGGACACUAUGGCUGACGAGGAACCUGCCGGGGAGAUCCAGCUGGCUCUUGCUACGGAGCACCAAACUACUAUCCGUGGUGAACCCAGGACUGUGGAAGCUGUUGUGAUAAUUAGGGGGGAUGUCGACACGUCCAAGUAUGAGGGGAAGGAGAAUACCUCCGUUGUCCGAGAGACAAAGGGGAAUGAUGAUAUGGAACUUGACCAUCAAAUCGGAGACAAUGAUGGCGACAACGAUGACGGCAACCAAGGUACAGCGAGGAAAAAUCCGAAACGACUUACCAUCACGGAGCACGAAGGCGAUAUUUUCCACGAAGCUCCCGACAAUACAGUGCUCGUGCACGCUUGCAACUGCCAAGGCUAUUGGGGCAGAGGAAUUGCAUCAGAUUUUGCGGGUCGAUACCCGCAGGCCAAUUUAUCCCAUCAACAACAUUGCUAUUCUUUAAAGGACAAGAAAGGACUUCUCGGGACUGCUCAGCUCAUUCCACCCAUGGAUGGCACCCCUAGGCAUUACGUUGCCUGCUUGUACACCAGCGUCCGUACUGGCACCCGUAAGAGCCCGCCCGAAGUUGUUCUCCAAGCUACGGGGACUGCGAUGAUAGACCUAUUGAGACAAAUCAAUCAGGAGAAGCAAAUUAGCGGCAUCAGGGUCUGUCGUAUCAAUUCUGGAUUGUUUACUGUGCCUUGGGACGACACGUUUGCUGUGCUCCAGGCAUUGGAAUGUGAGGAUGACUGGCAACAUACCGCAAUCGAACUAUGGAGCCUGCCGACAGAAAAGGGAAAGUGAAAGGGGGUCUAAGGAAACAGAACAACUGUUGGGGAGUUUGUGGGUAUCGAAACUCGGAUAGCACGCAUAAUGGUUCGGUGGCGUUG